AUGACAGAUUUUUUCCCAAUCAAUCCAUCUCUCUCUUCUCUAUGUCUCUCACGAAUAGAAUUAGAGAUGGCAACAGAAUCUGCUGAAGAUGUUAGAUGGUAUCAUCGUAUCAUGGAUGAUGAGGAAACUGUAAAGAUGGAAAAAGAGGAAAAAAAAGAAAUCAUAUUUUGGUCUUUCUAUUCUGUAUUUAAUCCAUUUGGUGUAUUUGCUUUGGUUGAUUCUAUUAGAAGAAAGAAAAAGAGAGCUAAAAAUAGAAAGAAUGGUGUUGUUCCAGGAUUAAAAGAAGUUACAACAGAUCCUGCCAGUCCUAAUAAUAAUAAUUUACAAAAGUUAGAUAUAAAUAAUUAA